AUGGCAGUCCUUUCCACGCCAGAAGAUGUCGACAGCUGGAACUACUCAGUGUCGCCCAGCUUCCUGCUGCGCCAUCCAGGAGGCAGCAGUACCGUGCAUCUCUCUGCCAUGGAACCAAGACCACCCAUUCGUGAUGUCGCUGACUUCAAGGACUGGAGCUACAUUGCACAAGCAAGCGCUCACUACAAGAUCCUCCCUGCACUCAGGGACCCUCUCUUUGAGGAGCUGAAGCGCAUCAGACCUCUCUUCAAAGGAGAGACCACUUUUGUCAAGGGCCAUGUGGCGGUGAGCAUGGCCCAGCUGGUGCAGUGUCUACAAGCUGUAGGCUGCACCUCGGUGAGAGUGCAGGCCUUUGGUCUCAAGGCUCCCCUCAGCCUCCUGACCUCCAACUUGGAGCCUGCAGACCCCACUCAUCCUUCUCGCUCCCUCAACCAGUGGGACAUUGGCAUCAACAUCCCUGAUGCCGACAUCUUGCUGGUUGCCUCGACCAAACCAGUGGCAAAGUCCAAGCUGAUGAGCUACCCCAUGCUGACCCCCUUAGGCGAGGACUAUGGCUCAGUGCAGCUCAUUGUGCACUGGCACAAGCAGCAAGUGACGAUGAAGAUCUAUCCUCGUCUAGUGCACACCAUCAAAGCUGCCAUCAACAUUGGCAAGCACAAGGUUGAGACUGUGCGCAAUGUCAGGACCAGGCUUGGCCAGCUGAACACCCUUGUUGAGGUGUACAAGAAGGCUCAGCCUGCUGACCUGGGUGGUCUGCGCAUUGAGGCUACUGUGCAAGCACCGACCCUUGGUGAGGCUGUGGAGUGGACCAGAGCUAGCCCUUUGCUUGUGCUCAACACUUGGGUCAAGCCAAGCACCGAGAUCUUCCAAGCCUAUGGCAUACAGAUCAAGCGCAUCACAAAGUCUCAACUUGUUGAGAAUGCAAAGAUGAUGCUGGCCGCUGCCCAUGCUUGUGACCUGAGCCGAGGAAGAGAUGGCGGCAGUGUCAAUCAAGCUGACCAGCAAGCAGUCACUGAUGUGUCUGCAGCACUUGGCUGGAGUCCUGGGCAUGGCAAACCAACCUCGCACACCAAGCCCAAUCCUUGGUGGAUCCAGAAACAAGCUGGGAACCCAGAU